AUGUUGAUCUGGGAUGAGAAGAACGCUCUAGAGUGGCUCCCUUCACAAAUUGCUAAGCUCUUUGAGUCCCACAAGUUCCAAGUUCCUCCCUAUCCUGGCAGAAAUGGCAGGAGCCCAGAGUCUGCUUCUUCAGGCAUGAACCACUCUGAGCACCCUAUGGAACAGCUGUCCAUAUCACCGACCAAUGCUAGCCGCAUUAUGGAGGACUGGAGUGACCUGGCCCAAACCCCUGCGGAUGCAGCCUCCCUGAGGUCUGGACAUUUGCAUAAUGGCAACAACAAUGCCUCCUCGGGGACCUGGCGAUCCUUGAAGAGUCCAUCUCUUUCCUCCUCAUCCACCCACUCCAAACUCAGCUACCUGGAGCGUGUGGUGUUGGAGAUCGUGGAAUCAGAGCGCAUGUAUGUCCGGGAUUUACGAAGUAUUGUAGAGAAUUACUUGGGGAAGAUCAUAGACACGCAAGAGCUGCUGCUGCGACCAGAACAAGUCAGUGCGCUCUUUGGGAAUAUUGAGGAUAUCUACGAAUUAAAUAGUGAGCUCCUGCAAGAUCUGGACAGCUGCCACAAUGACCCUGUUGCCGUGGCAAGAUGUUUUGUGGACAGGAGUCAAGACUUUGACAUCUACACUCAGUACUGCAAUAACUACCCAAACUCUGUGGCAGCUCUGACAGACUGCAUGAGGAACAAACAGCUGGCCAAGUUCUUUCGUGAGCGGCAAGAGCAGAUCCGCCAUUCAUUGCCUCUUGGCUCCUAUCUUCUCAAGCCUGUCCAGCGCAUUCUCAAAUACCACUUGCUCCUUCAGGAGAUAGCAAAACACUUUGACAUCGAAGAGGAUGGCUAUGAAGUGGUAGAAGAAGCCAUUGACACCAUGACCUGCGUGGCUUGGUACAUCAAUGACAUGAAACGGAAGCAUGAGCAUGCCGUGCGGCUGCAGGAGAUUCAGUCACUGCUCAUUAACUGGAAAGGCCCAGACUUAACGACGUACGGGGAGUUAGUUCUAGAGGGCACCUUUCGUGUCCAUCGUGUCAAGAAUGAGAGAACAUUCUUCUUGUUUGACAAGAUGUUGCUGAUAACAAAGAAGCGGGGUGAUCACUAUAUAUACAAAAGCCACAUUCCAUGCUCCUCCCUGAUGCUGAUUGAGAGCACCCGAGACUCGUUGUGCUUCACGGUCACCCACUACAAGCACCGCAAGCAGCAGUACAAUAUCCAGGCUAAAUCAGGGGAAGAGAAGCGCGUCUGGACUCACCAUAUCAAGCGUUUGAUCCUGGAAAAUCACCAUGCCAUCAUCCCUCAGAAAGCCAAGCAAGCCAUCCUGGAAAUGGAUUCAUAUUAUCCUGCUCGAUACAAAUACAGCCCAGAGCGGUUGAAGAAGUCCUGGUCAUGCCAACCUCCAGAAGACAUUCCUCAACAGGCCCGGCAGGGGCGCCGCCAGUCAGAACCUUUCCAUGGCAAAAACAGUUCCCAGAAGUUCCUAGAAGGAUUCCACAGCUUUGCCAUGACAAGGCUGAAAAGCCGCAGAAGAUCGGAGCCAACAAAACAGAUCCUCAAGCAACUAGGCAGCAAAGGACUAAAGCAUGCAGAUAGUGAUGGAGCCCUUUUGGAGUUUGGGGAACCCCCUCAGCCCCCUAACAGCCAGGAAGAGGAGGAGGCAGAGCUGCAGACCCUCCCCCAGGAAUUUCCAGAGGAAUUGGCAGAAAGUGAUGGCAGCGAGAAGGAGACGGGGCCAGAGGAAGAAGAAGAGGAGGAGGAAGAAGAAGAGGAAGAGGAGGAGGAAGAGAGGCUGGUAGGAACGGAGCAGGUGGCAGACUUUGCAAGCUCCUUGAUGGCAGUCCUCCACUGCUGGCACUAUCGGGCCAACGCUUUGCUUUUCUCCUGGGGCAACACGGGCAAGCAGCACAAGGCACACGAAGGGCCCAAGCAAUGCCAGUCUCCAGCCAGCAGUGAGAAAAACAGGGUCAUGGAGACGGCCUCAUCUGUCCCGAAGGCUCGAUCAGCCAUGGAACUCAAUAGGAUGUUGGAGAGUUCUUCCUGCAAGGAUGAGCACCCAGAAGAAAUCAAUUUGGACUCAGAACCGUGUGCUCUAAAUUCUCUCCUGGCAGGUCAGCACGAGAACCAGGAUCAGGGUUUGGAUGGUCUGGAGCCCAUGGAUAAUGUGGAAGAGCUAAAGCCUCUCAGCAGUGAAGAAGAGGAUGAGGAGGAAGAGGAUGGCCGCCCAACCCAGCCCAAAAGUAUCCUCCCUUUCUCUGUGCUGGACCAAGCUAGCAUCAUUGCAGAGCGCUUUGCCAGCAGCCUCUCCCGCCGGAGCAGCCUGGCCCUCGAGGAAGGGAAGGGCUACCUGACUCCAACACAGGCCAGUCGGAGUAACAGUGUGCUGAGCCUAGAAGAGAGCGAAAAGGCUCCCUGCCGCCACAACAGCAGCACCAGCACCACUGCCAUUGACUCUCAGGCCUCGGUGGAGCUCAGCAACUCCUGCAGCGGGAGAGCCUCGCCUGGGCUCAUGGAGCCUGACCGGCCUUCUUUGUGCAGACGGAAGGAGUCCAUGCUCUCCCAGCAAGACCGGCAGCUGCUGGACAAAAUCAAGAACUACUAUGUCUAUGCAGAACAUCAGGAUGCCGGCUUCAGCGUCAGGCGGAGAGAGAGCCUCUCCUACAUUCCCAAAGGGGUGGUCAGGAAUUCUGUCUUCCGGAUCAAUAGCCUCCCACAGCCGGACCCUGACCAGGAGACACUGAAGAGAAAGCAGCCCGCCCCCUCGAGUAGCAGCAAUGGAGCUGGACGGACAGCAGCCUGGGUGCUGUCAAAUAGGCCUGCUGUCGGGUCACAAGCGUUACGCUCUGAGACAGUCUGUGAUGACAGGCCUGCACCAAUCUCCGAAGCAGAGUUCAAGCCAUCUACCGAGAUGAUUAAAGUCUGGGAAGAGAUGGAGAAGCAGAAGAGAGAGGAGGACCACUGGAAUCGGAGGAGAGAGGAGGAUGCGAGGCCAGGACAAGCAAAUGGGCAGAUGGCUGGUGGUGCCUCUGUACGACGUGGUGAGCCUUGUUUGCGAGACAGGCUCAGGAGGCAGGAGAAUGGCCUGGACCUUCACGAGCCGCUUUUCAUCCUGGAGGAUGAAGAUUUGGGGGCCAUAACAGAGGAAUCGGCUGUACCCUCCCCUGAGAGCAAGUCACCUGUAGAGCAUGCCCUGCCCUCAAAAUUGCCCUGGAAACUCAUGCAAGAACUUGGGGGGUUUGAGCAAGAUCAGGGUCUCUCUCGGUUGCACCCCCGUAUCAUGCAGCUAGCCCAUCUGACAGAAGCAGAGCUGGCAGAAAAAGUGAAGAACAAAGUAUACCAGCUGGCCCGGCAGUACAGCCUUCGCAUCAAGGGCCACAAGCCCACAGCACAUCGACGGCUUGCAGAAGUGGAGGAGGAGAUGAAAGGCAAUGCCUUGGCAGGUCAGCGGGAAGCAGAUAAGAAAGCCAAGGGCAAACGGAAGCCUGACUUGAUCCUCCUCAACUACGAACAAGUGGUGCUGCAGGAGGCCAGCCCCCUGACCCUGCUCUGCUCAUCCACCUCUUCACAUGAGAAGUCACCAAAGUGCUUCUCGUACAGUCCCUCCUCCACCAGCCCCCGCCUCACUUCCCCCACCAGCACCCUCUCACGCAGCCCCCUUAGCCCUAUUGUCGCUGAGAAGUUCAACUGGCCCGACGUGCGAGAGCUGAGGUCCAAGUAUUCUCCGCAGGCUGGCGUUGAGAAGAAUAGGCCCCCACCUGUUAACAGGAGCCGCUCAGCACCUGAGAAGAUGAUGGAUACUGGCAGGUUGCAAAGGAAUCACCAGUGCUCAAAGAAGAAUGUGAAAGCAGGUGUGAAAUCUUCACGAGGGGAGAUUCAGAGCUACAGAGUGGAGGCCCCAAAUUGUUUCCUCCCCAAGUAUCAGGCCUGUGAUGCUCAGAAGGAAUUUUGUGUCACAGCUGAGGCCUCUCUGGAGAACAGUCAGCGGGUGAUUGUCAUGGAGAAGCUGUCAGAUGUGGCCGUUGAACCAGAUGAGAGCUACGUGCAGAUUCGUUCCCCUACUUCCCGGGAGAAAAUCUCUCUCAAGGCUGUGGUGGAGCGAUGUAAGGCCUACCAGGAGUCGGAAGAAUACCGCAGGCGUGAGGAGGAUGCUCAAGAAGUGGCACCCAGGAAAGCACUUCCACAGGUCUGGUGGGACAAAACAGACAGCAGCCAGCAGAGUCUGGUAAAGAACCUGAGGGAGAAAUUCCAGACCCUGAAUUCCAACAGUUGAGCGUCUACUUUUUUUUUUUUUUGGCUUUACAUCUCUAAACUUCUGCUAUGAACUAGAAAGGUUUUGGAAAAUAAGGCCCUCUUAUAUUCUUGAGAAAGGACUGGCAGUGGUAUACUUUCAGUAGUUUGCUACUUGAACUUCCCUCAUCAUUUUGCUCCAUCAUAUGUGGACAACUCCUUAGAACUUCUGGGACCUUUCAAAGAACUCACUGGUGUUUUCUUCUUCUUCGGUAUUCCAGUGACCUGGAUGUGGUCCUUGCCAGAUCUUGCUGUUGACACAUUGUUGGACAGCUUAUGUCCUAGAAGCAUUGGGGAGCAUCUGGUUAGAGUGGACAGGUUGUAAAUUAGCUACUGAAAGGGCUUACUGUGAAAUGUAUUUGUUUUGGGGGGUCAGGUGUGUUUAGGAAGUUCUAACUUUGCAAAGCCAGAGCAGAAAUGAAUGAAUAAGCUUUCUCUUCCUCACUUGCAUAGGAGAAUAAGUUAUUGAUCCAAGACCUUUCUUUCUUUCUUUCUUUCUUUUUUUAAGAAUGUAAUUUUAUUCUGUUUAGGAGAUUUGGUUGGUUCCAUUCUCCCCAUUUGAGAACAUAUAAUCUUAUAAUACUGGUUGUGUACACCAUUCAGUCUAUAUGCACUGUGCAAUAACCACUUUUGACUAGAGAAUAUGGCAUUGGCUUCUUCACUGGGGACUGGGAUCACAUUGGGAAAGAUUGAAUUCCUUGGAUUUUGCAGUACAUUUCAUGCGUGUAAAUCUACAUGAGUCAGAUUGACGAAGCUAAGAGUCACAGGUCUUCAAGUUCACAAGCAUUAGCAGGAGUGAACACUGGUGUGGAGCUGAUCUGCUAUGGUGCUAGAAUGGUCCAAGUCCCAUAACAUGACUCUUGGGGAACUACAUCUUCUUAGAAUAAUACAUAUCUUAGAUACACUAGUUCAACACAGAGGAAUCAUUUUCCUUUCUAUACUAUGAUGGAUUCAUGACUGCAGGGCAAAUACGUAGUGGUGCUUUCCCCCAUUUUCUGGUAUGGGAUUAAAAAAAUGUUUUACUUCCCAUUUUCAGUGGGAGCAAAAAUUCUGGUUCUUUCUGUUGUUUUGUUGGGUGAACAGAAGAGUAGCCUCUUCUAGAAGGCCUCCUUUUUACCCCUUAUGACCUCGCCACAGGCUCUUCCAUAGGAAAAAAAUGCUUGGAAAACCUGUUUCCCCUUUCCCAGUGCAAACCUCUCUCUUUGCCAUCUGAGAAUGUCCUAUGGCCCUGAACUGGGAAUCAUUGGAAUGCAGACCCUUUGAAGAUCAACAUUUUCCAAAAUGAGACAUUUUGACAAAGGUAGGCUACAGUCCCAGCAAGCAGGGAGGUGUAGCAACUGGUGAGUCUUACUACAGGUACCUUGCGUUCAUGAAACAGGUGGUGUCAAUUUAAGAGGUGGGAAUGGGUUUGAAGUGUGAGUACUCUGAACAGCAUAUGGUAUCGGUGUCUGGAGAUAAUAAUAAUAAUAAUAAUAAUAAUAAUAAUAAUAAUAAUAGUUAUUAUUAUUAUUAUUAUUAUUAUUAUUAUUAUCAGUGUCUGGAGUUAGUAAAAUGGGGAUAUUGUUGCUAUAGCAGUAGUACUGUCAUCUCUGGAAGGUGUGUGCAAUAUUGAACAUCCUCCCAAGAACAUCGUUUUGCAAGGUCCUUUCCUUAUGGUGCACUGUCCUAAUAAUAAUAUCUGUGUAGUAGUGUUUUCUGUGCACUUAAACUACUUCACAUGUGAUCACAAAAAAUCCUUGCCACUACCCUGAAAGGCAUGUAGUGUCGUCCCAACAUUUCAGAAAUGUCUUAGGGAUCACGGCCAUGUGAUUAAAUUAGGGCUGAGUUGAGACUUGAAGCUGGACUUCUUUAAUGAUAGCUUAGUUGCAGAAAUUGCACACACACAGACACACAAUUCCAGAAGCCUAGAAGGGUUUAUUUGUUCGUUUAUUUAAAAAAAUGUUAUUAAAUUGCUUCUGAAGCACAUUCUGAAGCUUUAGCUCUUUUUUUCUGGACAGUGGAAGCACAUUGGAGCAGGUGGAGCUUAGUGCCUAGAGAAUUAACCCCAGCCCCUUGGGCCUGUAGAAGAGGUCCUGGGCCCUGCAUCUGUUCUCCUGGUUUCCACGAAACAGCCUUCACUGUUCUGAAGCCAACGUGUUCUGGGGCUGGUGACUGGAUGUGAAGCUCCCUUCUAACACACCCUGACCUCUGCAUCAAUGGGGGGCCAUUGAAAGCUAAGCCUGAUGAGGGGGCAGCUGAAGAGAGGUGAAGUCACUCUACAGAUCAAGCCUUCUAAGAAGGAAGAGCUGGGCUGAGCCAGGCAUGGUGAGGCUGUAAGUCACCAGGGAGCAAAUGGUUCCUGCUAAGAUAUAGUAACGUUCCUGGUCUGUAAUGGGUAGGUGGACAAUGCAAUGAGACUCAGUGGCACACAGGCAACUACUCAAAGCCCUGCCAAUUCUCUAAUGGCAGCAGCGCCUGUGAAGGGACACUUCCAAUGAGCAUGGAGGCAGUUCAAUGUUCACGUAGCAGGAACAAGUCUCGGAGCAUUUGAGCCUAGCAUUAGUGUACGGAAAUGAGUGAUUCGCUCUAUAUUGAACUCAACAGUGACAGGUGAAAGUGUUUUCUAAGAAAGGAAGGGAUGGCUGAGCUUCUAUCCAGAAUUCCUGUGAAAUGAAGUCCUAAAUCAUUUUGCAGAGGUACAACUGGAUAGCUUGUUCAGUCAAGACUCCUUUUCCUGGUGGCUUUUGCAAGUCAACACAGUCCAUCCCAAUGUUAAUGUGCUUUAUUAUUUGACACUAAAAUUAAAAUUAAACCCUAAAGCUGCAUAA